AUGAAAGUGUCAGCAAGUACUUGCGAAAUAAGCCCAACAGCAGAGUUUCAAAAUGUGGAGUUAAGAGGUGGCCAAAUAAUUGUAAGUUGCAAGUGUACCAGAAAUGAUGGAAUGCAACAAGAGUGUAGAUUACCUAAAUGUAUGGGAAGACCUGAAUGCUUGAACUGGCCUUUACCAACAUGUAAGCCAAGUCAACUAUUUGCGUCGAUUAGACCUUUACGGUACACAAAGAAGUAACUAAUACUUACAUUCUUCUGCUAAUGGAAUCAGAUUCAAAUGAGG